CUCGACAUAUGCUGCGGAACGGGAACUAUAGGCCUGUCGUUGGCAUCGAAAGUGAAAAAGGUUUUCGGCAUCGAAUUGAGUGCCGACGCCAUCAGUGACGCCAAAUUCAACGCACAGAUGAAUGGCAUCUCUAAUGUCGAGUUCAUCGAAGGCAAGGCUGAAGAGCACGUGUCGAGUGUUUUGGACUCUUGUGGCGACACACCAGUGGUCGCUGUGAUAGACCCGCCCAGAGCUGGACUCAAUAACUCCAUCGUUCGAGUCCUGAGGAGCCAUCCGUUGCUCAAGAGAUUGGUUUACGUGUCGUGCGAUCCCCACAAAGCCAUUAAGAAUCUGAUUGACUUAUGUCGCCCGCCAUCCAAGACAUACAAAGGCCAGCCAUUCGUGCCAAUGAGGGCCAUACCCGUCGACCUCUUCCCCCAUACGAAUCGAUGCGAAUUA